AUGUUUCGAGAUGCUAGGAUAGCAGGUGAACGCACCUACUGGAUUGGGGACGACAUUUGGACCACCUUAUUGGAGCAUUGGAAUUCGCCACAAUACCAGGCCAAGUGUGCAAUCGCCCAGAAGAAUCGGGCUUCCGAAAAGGGCGGUGUUCUCCAUACAGGUGGAUCGAUCACCGUACAUGCCAUGCAUAUGGAAGAAUUCUCCACAAAACUUUCACGAGUCAGAUCCUCACAUUCAUCAUGUUCUCAGUCAACCCAACAACCAGAUGAUGACGAGGAUCUUAUUAGGUCACAAUGUUGGAUUGAUGUUGUUGGUGGCAAGAAAAAAGGAAGAAUUUAUGGUGCAGGGCAAAUGGCAUCAAAUUAUACUGCAGGACGUGGUGGUCUAAAGCACCAACCUUCUUCUUCCUUCUAG